UUUACUUCCAUUCACAAAACUUUCUAGCUCCGCGGCAACCGCUCUCCUGAUACUGUGCCUUUAUUAUUUUUAUUAUUUUUUUAUUUUUUUAUUUUGACGGUUUAAAAAGAAAAAGGAAAGAAAAGUUGACGGCGGAACUUUUUAGCGAGGUGUCCCGGUGAAGUCUCAUCACCCAGCGGAAAGGUUGAGCGCUCCUGUCUAUUUGGGGUGUGUGACAGCACUCUCUGUACAGCUGUGCCGGGCUUGUUUAUGAGUUGAACAGGUUCCUUUACGGUGCGGUAGGAGGAAAAGACAACUCACACACACAAACACACAUAAACACACACACACAAAUACCGGUCAAGUUCUUGAGACGCAGGCAGUGACCGUCCGGAGGACUUUUUGGUUAAGGACUGCGAUUUAAAUUGAGCAGAAUGAGCUCCAUGCCAGCUGCUGUCAUGAUUCAUCCAUCAGAUACGGGGGACUUGAAGAAGUGUAGCUUGUGUAUGACAUGAAUGACAAACAGGACAGGCCUUAUAUGUGCGGCGCCCCGGGCUGCUCUCAGCGCUUCCAGUUAGAGGAACAUCUGAUCAUCCACAGGCACAAGCAUGAGAUGACCCUCAAGUUCCCCUCCAUAAAGACAGAUGCAGCAUUCACAGACCAGACUCCGACGCCGACACGAUUUCUGCAGAACUGCGAAGAGGUUGGUCUCUUCAAGGAGAUCGAGGAAGAAUUUCUUCAAGCACAAGAGGAGGAAAACAAGAAGCAGUCGCUUUCUCAUAAUGGGCCCUCCUGUAUGAGCCAGCACCAGCUCAAACCCCAACAUCAGCUCCAGCACCCACCCCAGCCUCAGCACCCACAUCCCCAACCACCGCUGCAUCAUCCCCAGACUCAUGCACUGCAUCAUCCCCAGACACAUGGCCCAAUGAUGGCCCCUAGCUGCAGCCUGGCCGCCCAGCAAGCCCUGUCCUCCUCCCAGUCUGGGUCAGUCAUCACCCAGGCUACCUCCACCCUAACACACUCCGAGCCGGUUCCCGGGCCGCUGUCGUGCCUCCUUCACAUGCGGAACAGACACAGGCAGCCGCUGCCAGCCUCCUUACCUGGCACCCUGCCAGACCCCGCCAUGCAAGGGGCAUCUGCUCAGCACAUGACUAUGGAGAAGCAGAUGUCUUGUGCAAUGGGUAUACCGGCUCCUGUACACAACCCCUCCUGUUCUUCACCCCAGAGAUCCAAGCAGACAUUGGGCCACCAUUAUCAACAGCACCACCCAGGAAUGAUCACCAUCAGUAACAAUGUGCCACCCAUGGGCCACAUGAUAGAGAUGAUGCCACAGCGUCACCAGACACCUCCACUACAACAACAACAACCACAACAGCAGCACCACCAUCAUCAUCAUCCUCAGCCUCAUCCCUCACAGCUUCCGCCUGUGCCUCUUACCUACCAACAGCGGUGCCAUGCUCCCCACCCACAGCAUCUUGGAAGCACCCAGAGCCACCAGCUGCACCAGGCAGGGAAUUUACCACCUCACGCUCAGGCUCACCAAUCACCGCCUUCACAUUUACACCCAGGCUCACCGCCUGCACCUCCACUGUCUGCUCCUGCGCAGUUAUCACCAGUUGCACAGCAGAUGCAGCCUUCCCAGCCAUCUCACACUCAUGCAGUGCAGGCAGGCGGUAGCUGCAGCGGAGGUGGUGUAGGAGGAAGCGGAAACCGUCGAAGGAGGACAGUAGAGCAGGACCCCGACGAGCGAAGGCAGAAGUUUCUGGAACGUAACCGGGCCGCAGCCACCCGCUGCCGACAGAAGAGGAAGCUGUGGGUGUCAUCACUGGAGAAGAAAGCUGAAGAGCUGACGCACACAAACCUUCAGCUACAGAACGAGGUGACGUCACUGAAGUCGGAGGUGGGUCAGCUGAAGCAGAUUCUGCUCACCCACAAGGACUGUCCUGUCACUGCUCGGCAGAGGGAGGCACAGGGGUACCCCACUGCAGGGGUGAGCCCUGGAAGAAGUCCCACCCCUGCAGGUCCUGGGUUUGAUCUGCAAGCCAUCCAACAUAACAGCAUCUCCACUUCCUCGACGUCUGGAGGCGAUUCGGGCCACGACCUCCAGCCCGGACACUAGCCUGCAACGUAUAGGUGAAAUCCUAAACUGGAUAGGAUUGGGAUUUUAUAAAUCCAUGUGAACGCUUGAGGUAUUUUUCAACACGAUCAGCAGAUUUUCUGUGAGAAGAUCAGAAACACUUACUGAGAGAGAGAGAGAUCUGUCGCUUCAUUUCUCCAAACAGGUGCAUAAAAUGCACUUUCUGAAAGCCUUGUUAAAACUGUGAUGGCAACUGGAUCCUGUGUUUAUUCAGAUAAUGUCUGUUUUCUUUUGACAUGAGCCUAACGUUGCCUCCUACCUACUCGCUAUGCACACACACAGUCAUGACACAUCUUUUUAGUAUCAUUCUCUGGCAUAUCUUGCACUAAUUCAGAAAAAGAGACUAUAACUUUUUUUUGUUUGUUUUAAUUGGGCAGCUCCAAGUGCACCUUUUUCCAUUUUUGAGCAGAGGCAGCUUACCUUAAAUAACACAACAAAGUUUUUGUUGUUUUGGGUGUUUUUUCUACAGGUAAUUCAAAUUAUAAGAUAAAUAUUUUAUCCUAAAAUUUCCCAUUUCAUUGAUUUGUAAAUAUUAGUUAAUUAAACCUGCAACUGUGUUGGAAAGCUACUGAAAACAGUAUUUUCUUUAAGGCACUUUUUUGUGACUGCCUUGAGUCACUGAGUAAUUAUAAACUACACUUCAUGUCUCAGUCCCUGCUAGUUUAAUUAAAUUUACACAGAAGUUACACUUUUUGUACUGUAAAGACGCUGACAAUCGCUGUAAACCUAAUGCAAAAAUUAAAAAAAAAUAUUAUU